AUGUUAGAGUCAUUAGCAGCGACUCUUCUCAACCGGGUGUUGGGAUCUUAUGUGGAGAACUUCGAUCCGACCCAAUUGAAUGUGGGGAUAUGGAGUGGGAAUGUGAAGUUGCGAAACUUGAAAUUGAGAAAAGAUUGUUUAGAUGGUUUGAAUUUACCAGUUGAUGUCAAGUUUGGUAUUUUGGGAGAACUUGUUCUUAAUGUCCCAUGGUCGAGUUUGAAGAAUAAACCGGUUAAGAUCGUUAUUGAAGAUUGUUAUUUGCUAUGUACGCCUAGGGAUAUGGCGUCUAUGCACUCUGAAGAGCAGAUAGAACGGGAAUUGAGGGUAAAGCUUCACAAGUUGGCCGAGUGGGAACUGGCUAAUCAAGCAAGGCUAGCUGCAGAGGAUCCAAAUGGUCAAGAUGCCGAAAAUGAAUCCUUUAUGCAAUCACUGAUGACAAAAGUCGUGGACAACUUACAAGUUACCAUUAAGAAUAUACAUCUGAGGUACGAGGAUAUGAAUCAGUUGUUCGCGAAGGAAGCAUGCUCCGUCGGUAUCACUCUUAGUGAGCUUUCGGCAGUCUCGACGGAUUCUAGUUGGACACCUAGCUUCGUUUCGAUGACCCAGGAUAUCACACAUAAGCUGUUGACUUUAAACUCUCUUUGUAUGUACUGGAAUACAAAAUCCGCUACUAUCGAAGAGGAGGACGAAAUUUUGGAUCAUGACAUUUUGAUAUCUAAAUUCAAGAAUGCCGUGGCAACUGGGGGAACUUCCAUACCGAGUUAUCAGUAUAUGCUCAAGCCGGUGACGGGAUCAGGUAGGUUGAGUGUCAAUAAGCGCGGUUCGACAAAGGAAAGGCCUCACAUCGAACUUGAUGUUCUUUUCAAUGAACUUGGGUUUGAAUUGGAUGAUGCUGAGUAUGCAGAUAUUCUUCACACAGUAUCCAGUAUACACUUGAGUCAAAAGACUCAAAAAUUUAAGUCGAAAAGACCGCAAUAUCCAGUGCAAGAAAAUCCAAAAGGUUGGUUCAAAUACACGGCCUCCUGUGUUAUCGAUGAAAUUAACCAAAAGAACGAGAUGUGGACAUGGGAUAGCAUGAAACGGAAAUGUGACCAGAGACGCCUUUAUGUUGAUUUAUGGAUGAAAAAGUUACAGAUAGGUAAUGUGGAAGAAAAGCUUCCCGACUCAGAUGACGAAGAGCAACUAGAGAGAUUACACAGAGACCUCGAUUUUGAUACAAUUGUGCUAUUUAGGUCCGUCGCGAAGAAAGAGUAUGCCAAACUGCGCUUAAGUUCGCGUGACUCACCAUCGUCGUUAGCAGGCCAACAAAACAAAGCUUCUCAAGGUUGGUUUUCCUCUUGGUGGAGUGGUGGUUCAGAAACCACGAAAGAGUCUAACGAUCUAUUGCUCACUGAUGAACAACGACAGGAGCUGUAUGAUGCCAUUGAAUUCAACCAGAGUCAUGAACUUGAAACUCAAUUGCCGAAGGAUAGAGUGACAAUGAAAGUAACAAGUUCCCUCAAAAAGGGAGCAUUUACGAUAAAAAAUAAAGAUCCACAGGCAGUAUUGGGCCAGGUUAUAUUUGAGAACUGCGAAGUUGAGUUUCUACAGCGUCCAAACUCCUCUUUAACGUCCUUUAAGUUACAGGAGUUUAAGGUUGAGGAUGGUUCUCCAAAUACUCUUUACAAGCAUAUCAUAAGCGUUAAGAACAUCAAGUCUGAGAGUGUUGCGGAUGAAGAAGGCAAUCAUGAGCCCCUCUUCAAAGUUCUUUUGGAGACCAAUCCUUUGGAUGAAUCGGCAGAUUCUAAGGUAGACGUUAAGUUGCGUGGUAUAACUGUAUUUUAUCAUGUUCACUUCAUCAACGAAAUUAUCAGGUUCUUCAAUCCACCAAAGCAGCAUAUGGACACAAUAACAGCAAUAAUUAGUGCGGCUGAGGCGACUGUUGAAGGAUGGACUACUCAAACAAGAAUGGGUAUCGAGUCCCUUCUUGAAGAGCACAGGACGGCUAAUGUCACUCUCGAUCUCCAAGCGCCCCUAAUAAUCCUGCCUCUCAAUCCACAUAUCUGGGAUACGCCUUGCGCAGUAAUAGACGCUGGCCAUAUUGCUCUCGCAAGUGAUCUGGUACCAAAGGAAAGAAUUGAAGAGAUAAAGCAAAUGAGUCCCGAAGAAUAUGAGGAGAUUGACGAGUCAGAGCUCAACGGAUUAAUGUUUGAUAGAUUCCAACUUUAUUUGCAAGAUACGCAGAUACUGGUGGGACCCGAUGUCCGGUCAACAAUUUCGAGUUUGAGUGGCACAUCAGAAGGUUCUCAAUAUAGCAUUUUGAGUGGUUUACUUUUAGAAGUCGCACUCGAUGUUUCAAUUUUACCUCGAGCAUACAAUUUGCCUAGGGCUCGAGCAUCGGGUCACUUGCCAAAGUUACGCCUCUCAUUGAAUGAUUACCAGUACAAGAUAAUCAUGCAGCUUUUGGAAAAAUCUAUCCCCACCUUCAUUGACUUCGGUUUAGAUGAUGAAUUCAAGGAACAGUACAAUGUGGAUUCAGAGGAGAGUAAGUUACAGCUUCAGCUCAGAAAAACUUUACAAGCUUUGGACAAGAUGGCUCCGCUAGAAAUUGCUCAAAAACAGGUUGAGCUAGAAUUCGAUGUGGAUUCGAUUCAAGUCUCACUAUACAAGUGCGUGGAUAAUGAAGCGAUGCGUUGUAAGAAACUAAUAGAUUUCCUAGGAGGUAAGGUAAGGCUUCAUAUCGAGAAAAAAGCUAAAGAAAUGGCCCUCGAUUUGAAGGUACAUUCGCUAGAGAUUGUCGAUUUUAUCGAGGAGAGUAAUAAAGAGGAAUUCCGUAAUUUGAUUUCCUCGGGUGAUAUAGGGCCAGCCGACAGAGAUUUGUUCACUGUAGAUUAUAUUAGGACGCAAAGGAUUGUGCCUCACAAUAAGACAUUAAUUGAAGUGUUUGAUCAGGAUUUGAAAAUGAACAUGGAGCAAUUGCAGAUUGUUCUGACUCCAAAAUCCCUUCUCACCCUCAUGAACUUUGCUUUAACCACCUUCACAGAUCCCACUACUCCUGAUAUGCCAGCAGAUGUUUUAAGACAUAAUAAGGAGAACAGAGAGGACGCCCCACAAAAGUUGGAUAUGGUCAUAAAAAUGGCUGGGAUCGUAGUGAUACUAAAUGACGACUCGAUAAAGCUCGCAACUCUAGUUUUGUCCGCGGGUGAAUUGAGUAUGUUUUUACUGCCGGAAAGAAUGAAGGUCAAUAUGAAGCUUGGGGGUUUGGAGCUUACAGAUGAAACAUCUGAUACUCUGCCAAGAGAUUCGGUGUUUAGAAGAAUAAUUACUAUGAGCGAUAAAGAACUGGCGGAACUUACUUAUGAAACGUUUGAUCCUGCAAAUAAUCCUCAUGACUACGACUCUGCUUUGAAAUACACCACAGGAUCGAUGCACGUAAGCUUCGUGGAGCAAUCCAUUAACAAACUUGUGAACUAUUUCUAUAAGUUCUCAAAACUGAAAAGCUUAUUUGAUAGGGCGCGUGAGCUUGCUUACGAUCAAGCCCCAUCUAUUGAAUCCGUGAAUAAUCUCAAAAUGGAGAUUCUAGUGAAAGCACCUAUUGUUGAAUUUCCAAAGCUGAUAGACCCUCGCCAGAAUAUUCAUGACAGCAUCAAGUUCUACUUAGGUGAGCUCUGCAUUCAAAAUACGUUUUCUGAUGGUAAGGCGUCCCACAAGAUCAACCAUAUAACAUUGGGGAUUAGAGAAGGUCAACUGUUGUCAAAUUUCAAUCUGGAUGACGGCUCUCAGCAAGAGCUGAAGAUGGUGGAUAAUAUGUGUCUGACUUUCAAUGUUCACCACGAUCCAUUAGCUGAGGUUACUGAGCCCGAGUUCAGGGUUAAAGGCUACUUCGAUCCUUUGAUGACUUCGCUUACAGAAUUACAACUCCGUUAUUUGACGGAGAUUUCUGAACAAGCGGCGGCGGCCUUCAACAUCAGUGAACCGACGUCAGAGGAACUUGGCGAGGAUGCGAUUUACGCGAAUGCUUUCAUCAAUAGCCCUGUUGAAGAUCCCAGCUCCAACUCGAUAGGUUCCAAGGAAGCUGUUGCUAGCGAUCCGGAGGGAUUGAAACUGGACUUUUCCUUCGAGGCUCCUGAGAUAUCGUUGACUCUAUACGCCGACACUGCUAACAAAAUAGAGCUGGAAAAAAAUGGUUUGACUCGGCUUACCUUUCAGGACAUUGCUCUUAAUGCCAAGUUUAACAAGGAUGGUACAGGAGAUGCCGAAUCACAUAUCGCUACUUUUGCAGUUGUGGACAUAAGAGACAGAAAGGAUAACAAGCACACCGAAUUGAUCCCCAAAAUAGUCAACAAAAACUACCAAUUUAUGGGUUCUGUUUCAUCCAGAAAAUUAGGCCAAGGAUCUUUAAUCAAUAUAUCUGUCACAAUUGACAGUCCACAAGCCAUUCUGGCAAUGGAUUAUCUGUUCGCAUUGCAGCACUUUUUCGACUCAGCUUUCAACCACAAGCCAGCCAUUGUUGAUAUUGAAAGUCCCGAAUAUAAGGACGAAAAAGUAGCACCAAACGCCGAUAAGGAAGGUGCAAGUGAACUCAAAAUUCAGUAUUCUCUUAAUGUUGUUAACGCAGCUGUGGUGCUAUUAGCAGACCCAUCGGAUUUAAACUCGGAAGCUGUUGUAUUCAAUGUCGGUCAGCUCUUGCUCUCCGAUCAAAAUAUCCUAACUCUCUCCGCCAAUAACGUCGGAAUGUCUUUCUCUAAAAUGAAUUCGAUUUCUGACCAAAAAGUAAAGUUACUAGACGAAUUUUCAUCAUCUGUGGUAAUUGACAGACGAAACUCUACGCCUGAAAAGCUACUGACGGACAUUCAGGUGUCAGUCGAGCCAUUGGUGCUCAGCAUCUCUCUUAGAGAUAUUCGGUUGGCCAUGCUGAUCUUCAAUCGAGCAAUGUCACAAAUGAAUGGUGGCACAAUCGAGGAUGCUUUGCCAGAGAGCAAUUUGUCUUAUGGAACCUUCUCAAAAGAAUUUGAAAAGAAAUUGUCAAAGUAUGCGCCAAGUUUCGUAUCGUCUCUCAAUACCAAUCACGCGAAACAGCAAGCUGAGAGGGCAGCAGGAUGUGAUGUAGUUCUUCGUGGUGAAAAGCUCGUCGCCGAGUUUGGUGGAAUGAGGUUACUACUGAUUGGAGAUGUUCAUGAAAUGCCAAUUCUAGAUUUGAAUGUCAGUCCUUUCCAAACGUCAGUAAAGGACUGGUCAACAGAUAUUGACGCCCUUGCAUUAUUGGAGACUUAUGUCAAUGUAUUCAAUUAUUCUAGAUCUAGCUGGGAGCCAUUGGUCGAAUCAUUUCCUAUCUCCCUCCACUUGUCUAAGGGGUCAGAACGAGAUGCCAUGAUUCAAUUCGAUGCCAUCUCAAGAAAAUUUGCUGAGAUCACGCUUUCUUCCAGGACAAUAGCGAUGCUUUCCCAAAUUCCAAGUACUUUGACGGGUGAUAUUAGUCUGAACUCUAGAGGAGCUCAAAAACCGUACAGGAUCACCAACGAUACAGAACUUGACCUUGACAUAUGGAUUGCGAAUGAAGAUCCCAACAAUAAAAAGGGACUGACGACUCUUCGUGCCAAAGAGACUAUCCCCUGGGAAUUUGAAGACUGGAGGACGAUCAGAGAAAAUUUGAACGUAGAUAGCGAAGGUUCGAAUAUAGUGGCCUCGGUUGUAGGGUCCAAAUAUAAGACUGUGAUGAAGGUGGAUGCGACGUAUGAGGGUGAACUUCUGUUCGUUUUGCAGCCAGCUGUCAACCAUGUGCACAACCGUAUGACCUGUGACUUGCAGUUGGGUGAAGAUAAUGUCAAGACCAUAACGUUCCGUUCUACGCUGGUCUUAGAGAACACGACGAUGACAACCAUUGAACUGAAGGUGGAAACGGAUGAUAAUAAGGAGCCCAUAACAUAUUCCAUUAGCUCAUCUGAUUGUCACUCAGUUCCCGUGGAAAGCUCGUACGGCUCUAAAUUGCGUCUUAAGCCUUCUACGGAGGACGGUGAGUUUGAUUGGUCUGAGCAGAUGAUAUCAUGGCGCGAUUUGCUGAGCUCCUCCAUUCCUUUAAGAUGUAAAUCAAAGACUGACCCCAACCGAGUCUUCUACAUCGAGGUCAAUGGGAAAUAUGAUGGCAAAGAACCACUGGCAAAGAUCUAUCCUCGUAUGAGAAUUAUUGUUUCAUCACCCUUAGUAAUUGAGAAUUGUUUGCCCUGUGAUCUAAACUUCACACUUUAUGACGAGAAACAAGAGCAUAAGAAGCUAACACUUCUAAAGAAGGGUUCUAGGGUCCCGGUUCAUGACGUCUCGUUGAACAAUUUCCUGCUAUUAGCUAUACAACCUUUGGUUGACGACGCACCGCUCUCAAAGCCUUCAAUUGUCAACACCGCUACUCGCAGCUCCUUGAAGCCAGAAACAAGGAUCACAACGAAGCUCGCUGGAGGUCAAAGGUUCCAUGCGGCAAUUCACUAUCAAAGUGUUGAAGGAACGAGAGCAAAGAUUCUGCAGCUAUCUGCACCCUACAUCAUAUUGAACAAGACCGGCAGAGACCUGUACAUACAAGGAGAUCGUACGAACAUUGCACAGGCUAAGGUUCAAAGGUUGGGAGAUGAGAAAUUCACUAUUCCAAAAAUGUUCUCCUUCGAUACUGACGGUCAUAACAAAAAUCGUGCUCUCGUUCGGUUCAAAGAGUCUGACUGGAGUUUGCCGUUAUCUUUUGAUGCUCUCGGUCAAUCAUUAGACACCGUUGUGAACAUCCCAAAUAAAGAGCAGGAAUCUAAUUUGGGUGUAACAAUUAUUGAAGGUGAAGGUGAACAUCUUUUCAGUAAGAUUGUUGAGAUUGCGCCACGCUAUAUCAUACAGAAUUGUUUGGAUUUGCCGGUCGAGAUUUGUGAGUUCGGCUCAACAAAUGUCUCACAAUUGGAUCCAGAUCUUUCAACACCACUUUAUCAGAUGAGAAAUGUUCUCAAUAAGCAGCUGAUGGUCAAAUUUUUAGGCCCUAACUGCGAUUGGUCUGCACCUUUUUUCAUAAAGGACAUAGGACUCACAUAUUUGAAGGUGCUGAAGCAAGAUUCCAGCCACAUGCUGAUCAAAAUUGAAAUCAUACUUGAAAAUGCUACAGUCUUUAUCAGAUUGGGUGAUGCGAAUAACCACUGGCCAUAUUCGAUUAGAAACUUUAGCGAUCAAGAGUUCAUUUUCUAUCAGAGAGACCCUCGUGUGGUUGAUGACUACUACGACUAUGAUACUUAUGAUGAAUUGAAUGAAACAGAAUAUAAACCUUAUUAUUACAGGGUUCCACCGAAAAGUGUGAUGCCUUAUGCAUGGGAUUAUCCUGCUGCUAGGCAGAAGAAGUUGAUAUUGACCGCUAGAGGCCUAAGAAGAGAAAUCCAAUUGGCGGAAAUAGGAAAUUUAAAACCCAUGCGUCUUCCAGCGAAGGCAGCUAAUGAAGAGAUGAUGACUGUGGAUUUAAAUGUCGUUGCUGAUGGACCCACACAGGCGUUGGUGAUAACUAAUUAUAAUCCCGAAGUCAGUCUAUACAAAUUGAAAAAGAAGAAGACAUCUUCUUCGCUGUCUGUGAACAGUAGUGGCGAGGGCUUCAGUGUUGACGAAGAGGACAAGAAUAUUCACAUGAAGGUUAUAGUUUCUUUCAAAGGUGUUGGUAUUUCAUUGAUCAAUACCUCCUUGCAAGAAAUCAUGUAUGUUCACGCGAGCGGUUUGGAACUACGCUACAAUGAAUCUGAUCUUUACCAAUCACUAAGUUGGAAAUUGAAAUGGCUUCAAAUUGAUAAUCAAUUAUUUGGAAGCCCGUUUCAAAAUAUUUUAUACCCGGCAGCCCUGCUACACACUGCUCAAGAGAUUGAAAAUCACCCUGUCAUUUCAGGCUCGCUGUCCAAGGUCAAAGACGAUUCUCAUGGUUUAUUAUAUUUCAAACAUGCAACGUUACUUCUGCAAGAACUCUCAAUACAAUUGGAUGAAGAGCUGCUAAUAGCUCUACUUGAUUUCGUCAAGUUUCCUGGUGCUGUUUGGAACAGUUAUCCAACAGAGAAACAAUUUAGUGACCAUAUAACUUUACCAGAGUGUGAAGAUGUCCAUUUUGCGGAGGAUAUGUAUUUCGAGAUCUUCCACAUUCAACCAAUGAUCCUACAUAUCUCAUUUAUGAGAUCCGAUGAACACAACCUAUUGGAGGGUGAACAAAGCAGGCUUGGAUUAGAACGUCAAGGAACCAUGUUAUUCCUAAUCGAUAUUUUAACAAUGACUUUGGCUAAUGUGACCGACGCGCCAAUAAAAUUGAACUCACUUUAUAUGGCGAAUGUGAGAGUCCCGAUCAAUACUUUGCUUCAAGCUGUGCAGACCCAUUAUGGACAGCAGUUUUUUUACCAAAUUCAUAAAAUUCUGGGUUCUGCAGACUUCCUGGGUAAUCCAGUUGGCUUGUUCAACACGAUCAGUUCAGGUGUUUGGGAUAUCUUUUACGAGCCUUAUCAAGGCUACAUGAUGAAUGACAGGCCUCAAGAAUUGGGUAUCCAUUUAGCUAAAGGUGGAUUCAGUUUUGCGAAGAAAACAGUUUUCGGUCUCUCUGACAGUAUGGCCAAGUUCACAGGUUCAAUGGCUAAGGGACUAUCUUUCACUCAGGAUGCUGAGUUCCAAGAAAAGAGAAGGCUACAACAGAGACUGAACGCCAACAAACGCAACAUUUUCUCUUCUUCUGCCCAAUCGUUCGCAAACACUAUCGGCAGCGGAUUCACUGGUAUGGCCUUGGAUCCCAUGAAUGGAGCCCAGAAGGAAGGAACGGCGGGUUUCAUCAAAGGUCUAGGCAAAGGUCUCUUCGGGCUACCCACUAAGACAGCCAUUGGCUUUCUGGACUUAACAAGCAAUCUGAGCCAAGGAGUCAAGAGUACUGCUUCGGCCCUGGACGCACCAUCGUCUAUGCGUGUAAGAUUGCCACGUUACGUCGACUACCAUGAGAAAGUCAUUAAGUCGUUUAACCUGAAGGAUGCACAAGGCCAGUACUGGCUCAAGAGUGUUGAUGGAGGUCUCUUUAUGAACGACAACUAUCUCACACAUGUCGUCCUCCCUGGGCGUGAGCUCGCGGUUCUCGUUUCGAUGGAACACAUCAUAGAGAUGAACAUUGGUUCUCAGGAGGCUAUGUGGGUAACAGACUACUACGGUAUUCAGGGAAUUAUCCUACAACGUGGUGGCAUCCACAUUAAGCUCAAGUCAGGUUCCGAAUACUUUGUUCCUGUUGCAGAUGCUGCAGAGCGGAAGUCUAUGUACAAGCAUAUCGCCAUCGCUGUGACAGAGUACAACAAGUACUGUGAAGCAGUUUUAUAG